AACAAAACUUAAUCACUUUAGAGAAAGGGAGUAUAAGCCUCAAAAACUCGUCAAAAGAAGAUGAAUUUUGAGCAAAAUUAAGGGCAGUCUGUUCGAAUAGAAUAAGUCUGGAACUUGGAGUCGAGAAAUGGAUUUAUCUUAUAAAUAAACAAAUGGGCAUGCAAACAAAUUUUUAGUUGAACGGAAAGCGAAGGAAAAUUUCUAACGUGUAAUCUAUAUUGUUGAAAAUGCAUUUCAACAAAAGAAUUUGUCUUCAUGAGUUGUCGAGUGGAAGUAAAGCAUCAAAUGUGUGCGAGGGAAGCUUUUACAAUAUAAUUGAUUACGAUUUUGAUCUCUCUUGAAAUUUAACUAGGAUUAGCUUUAUUGUUCAACUCAGUAUUUAAAAAUGUUACUGAAAUAUUGACUAUUUCAAUGAUAAAAAAGUGUUGUAACAAAGGGAACAAUGCAAUGUGUAAUAUUAUCCUCAUGGGAUUUUAUCAUGGGCCCUCAGAUUGAAAAACUCUGGGUACAAGCUUCUGAUAAGAAUAUUAACUUUUCUAAGGUUCCAGAUGACAUUCUAUCUGAUUACAACACCUCGAAGCAUUUUAAAUGUGUGGGUGAUUCUAAUAGUGCUUUUUAUAAGUUUGACAUGAAAACGUUUUGCAUGAUGUGUGGACAAUUAUUGCUUGGUGAAGUAGAUUUGUACAAAACGUAUCAAGGAAAUGCCUCCAGAUUUUAUCUGACGGGAAAUAAAAUUUUAGUUAGUGUUUUCUUUCAAAUGAAGUCGUGGCUUCAUUCUGAAAAUUUAAAGAAAACUGAAGAUGCAAGCUUAUGCUUUGGUGCCAUAUUUAAACAUGAAGUAUUGCAAUUUGUGCUGAAUAAGCAUUCAGUUAUUGAUAAUUACUUGAGAAAAAUGUCCUUUCUAAUGCAAAAUUGUCAGCAAUCAAUGGACUUUCCUGUUGAACAAAUUUCUGCGAUGGUGAAUGAAUUAUCAUUAGUACUUGAUUCGUUGGCUCACUACAGUAUAAGUAAAAUGAAGGUUCCAUCACAGGAAGUUUGGCUUGUUUCAUCGAAUAUAAAAGCUGUUGUUUCUCAUUUGCAAACAUCUGGUCAUACAGCUAUAGUAGGAGAUUCAGAAUAUAAAAUUAAUGAACUUAUCUGUGCCUUAUCUAUGUUUUGUUCUCACAAUGAAUGUCUGAAUUCAAUAUCAGUUACACAGAAAACCCUGAAGUCUGGUAUUAAUGGUAUUUACAUUCAAGGCACAAUAAAAAAAGCUCCAGAUGAAUGUGAAAUUUUGCUAGAAAAUGCUGUAAAGGAUUCUUUACCACUGACUGUGGUUGAUACUGACAUGAGUAAAGUCUGGCAGACUUUACCUUAUCAUAACAAUUUUGAAAAGAAAAAAAACUUUGGUAUGAUUGAAGAAAUUGGCUCCUUUGUUCCUCAAGUAUUGAAUGAUCUUAAAUUUGUUCCAGAAAACAGGAUUCAAAUGUUUUUUGAAAAAUUCUGCAAAUCUUUAGCAAUGAAAGCAGUUUCAAUCAUUAAACUGAUUGAAAGUUGCAGGUAA